AAUCGAUGCUAUCGCAUGGUUCGCGUCGGAGUUCGCGUCACAUCACUUGCGUACUUCGAGUUACAUUUCGACCACCAAAAUGUCGACCGCUCAGCUGAACCCGAGACCCGUUCGCGUUUCCCCCUUAAUUAAGUUUGGACGAUGGUCUUUACUUGGCGCAGGAAUCUUAUGGGGAAUUUACCACCAAAAUCGAUUUUCAAAACGGGAGGCUGAAAUCCGCGAGAUUGAAGCCAGGGAAAAGGUGAUUCGUGACGCAAAACUAGCAGAGGAAAAGAAGCGCAUGUACGAAGCUGAGAUUAAGAUGCUCGAAGAACUGAGCAAGUGAACAUAUGAGUCCAUAAUCCAGCUGUUUAUAGUAUAAAUUUAUGAUAACUUUAACUGUAAUAUAAUAUUCAAAGAGAUUGUACCAUGUGCGUCUGACUUUGUAUGGAAUAUACCACUUCGAAACUGUU